UGGUCAGCUGAAAUCCCACUGGACUACCGCAGGCUGCUGAAUCAAGUCCAGGCUUCCUCAUUCUACCGGAUAAGAUUUAAAAUGAUGCCCAACAACAGUUAUGGGAAGAGUUUGGAUCUCUCCAGGUUGACAGAUGAUGAAGCCAAGCAUGUCUGGCAGGUGAUCCAGAGAGAUUUCCACCUGCGAAAGAAAGAAGAGAAUAGACUAGGGGAACUCAAGACCAAAAUCAUGAAAGAGGACACCAAAAGAGAGCUGCUGGAAUAUCAGCCUAAACUCAGCGAUUCUCUCUGCAUCCGCUGUCUGCAGCCCUUCAAAUUCCUUGUCAACAGCAAGCGCCAGUGUCUAGACUGCAAGCUAUUUGUCUGCAAGUCCUGCAGCCAUUUUAACAAGAAGGACCGUGGUUGGGUUUGUGAUCCAUGCCACAUGGCCAGAAUCCUUAAGAUUGGCACUCUAGAAUGGUUCCAUGAGAAUGUACGCUCUCGCUUCAAGCGUUUUGGGAGUGCAAAGGUCAUGAAUUCACUUUUCAAGAGGCUAAACAGUGACCGUGCCAGCUCUCAAACUGACCUCAGAGAGCCUCGAGAUGAUGACACGCACAGCAUGCCUGAAGUUCACACUGGUUCUCUGUAUAGCCAGGAAGAUGAGCAGUCUGAGCGGGUCGACAGACGCCACUUCAGCCUGAUGAGAAAAGGCAGACGGCUACUCCCUGUUGAUCCUCUUGAUUUUAAUCUAGGCACUGAGAACUCUGCUUAUUCUCGACCUCCCAUACUUCUGUAUUCAGGUAGCCAAGAGAAAGUAACCCAAAGUAAGGACUCAGUAACUGAAGAUGACUGGUCCACAACCUUUAAGCAGAUCCUGGAGAAUGGAACUCACGGUAGAGGUGAUGAGAUGAAGGACAUGUUGCAGAUCAGCCAGAGAAGUCUGGACAAACCCUCCCCUUUUGAUGACUGCACACCACAUCUAGAACAGAGGAUGACAAAAUCUCGUUCCCUCUCCAAGAUGAGCAUCUCUUCAGCUGGCAGCUCUAACUAUCACUUCCACCGUGAGCCUUCUUACAGCCUGGAAGACUCAGAGGAUGAUGAUGAUUCUGAGAUGCACAUCAUAUAUAGUCUCGCCCCACAUAGGGAGCACUCACCAGAUGAGGUUCCUCCACAGAUUAUUGAGCUCAACAAGCGUAUGUCAGCAAUCGAGACUCUUCUGAGCCGUUUGGAGCAGAAACUCAUCUUGCCGGUAAUUGGGGGAUCAGCAGAACAAGUUGAGCAGAAAGAGGAGGAUCUGUCUCCAGCUGAUUUAGAGGAGCUUGAGCUCAGGAAAAAGCUUGAUGAACUUACUGAAAAAAUAAGUGACAAAGGCUCAUCUGAUGAGGAGGAUGCAAUGAAACCUUCAGAGGACUCUUCAAAGAAAGGGGCAGUUUAUCAUGCUCCAGCUAUGAGAGGAGCUUCAGCUGGACCUGGGAAUGUCAGACACGAGUGGCCUCUCGAGGCUGAGUGGAAAGCAAAGCCAAACGUACCUAAAUCCUUAAAAAAGCAGAAGAGGGUGAGAUCCUUUGAGUUCAGCAACACAACCAGCUGUGAGUUGUCGCAACUGGAGGGUAAAGUUGCAAUGGCAGUGGCCAGCGUCCAGAGCACUCAAAGUGGGGUUACAGACAUUCAGAAAAGAAUCGCUGCUUUGAGUGCUGCAGGGAUGACGGUGGAGACAUCUCGCAGACAGACUCCUCAGCCAUCAAGGACGUUGCAUGAAUUUCCACUUAGAGGCAGCAAUGAAGCAAGAUCUCUACGAAAGCUGGUCAUGUGAAGCAACUUCAGCAAGCUAGUACACUUUCACAUAUUUUUAGUAGGCCAUGAUGGUAUACAAACUCACAGAACAUUGACAGAUUCACAUAAGCAUAUUUCAUAUGUUAAUAAAUUCAGCUGCAAGGGUUUGUGGGGUUCCCAGCUUAAUAAUAUAGAAUUAAUAUUUGCUUUAAUUUUUCAGUAGAUGAGUGUCAGAUUAUUCUGAAAAAUGAGAGGCUCGUCUUGUAACGUGCCGUUUCCUAGAAUAGAAAAUUUCUAUUAUGCACACAAUAGAAAUGGUCAACAUUAUACUUAUUAACUGCUGUUUUGAUAAAAACUCAAUAUUUAUAAUAAAAUAGUCAAUAUUUAAUAUCUUAAUUCAGAUUUCUAUGUAGUUUCUUUGGUACAUUUCAUGAAAUGUCAUAUCUGACAUUUUUCAUAUAUUAAGUGUUUGUUAUUUUUUUCUGCUAAAUAAAUAUCUUAAACUACACAAUUUUCUUUUCAGCAUCUUGUCUUCAAUGUCAGUGAUGUAUUAAUGAAUCAGUCAGCAUUGAUUGUCAUUGUCAAAGCUCAAUUCCUACAUAUGCUGGGUGGGUUAUCACGUUCUCCAUAUCCAAAUCACCACAUCAUUUUCAUAUUUAGUGGAAGGAUGUUUUUGAGUACAUGUAAGCUGUGCAGUCUUCACCCUCCCCCAGAGGGGGUAUAAAUUGGUGGAUCAGUCUAUCAGUGGAUCCAGACGAGAAUAUCCUCAAUCUCUGAGAACGACUCAAGAUGCUACCUUGAAGACACAUUUAUGCUUCCUCUGCACUCAAGGAACAUUUUAACUGACAGCUGAGGAUCACAGAAUAAGAUACCAAGAGGUGAACAGCUUACAACAUCCUGUAAGUUUCAAUAUAUUGUAAUUUACAAAAUACGGUACAAAAGACUUUUACUCAAAUAUUUACUUCCAAUUAAGAAUCCUGUGAAAUUACUGCACAGUAUAUACAUGAGAAAAUCUAGCAGCCUCAAGUGAACAUUAAUCUAACAUUAAAUUGCCAAAAAAAAAAACGGUAAAAUAAUUUUUCAUUUGUAUAAUUUUUGUGAUCUGUAUAAAUGUGAACAGAAACAAAAGUGGCAAGUGUCAAGCAUUUUUUUUUUUUUUUUUUUUAAAUAGUCAGUUGUUUUUGUCUGAGCCGGGGUUUUUUUAUUAUGCUUCCGAUUGCCAUUGAUUUAUUCUUUUUAUUUAUUUUUUUCUUACAGGUGAAAUUUCUCUGUCAAGUGACAGACACUAAGCCAUGGCUGUAAAUCUGUGUGUUUUGCUCUGUAUCCUUAUGCUGUUAGCAUGUUUUACACAGCCAAAACCUCACGAUGAUCUACCAUUACGCUCAAUGGAGAUAAGAGGUACAAUUUUACUGAAAGACAAAACGUAAAAUUUAACACGCCUUUCAAUUAUGACAAAAAAAUAUCAGAUACUUAAUAUUCGUAAUACCAUUAUUUUUCUGUAGAUCCAAACAUUGAUGCAGUGUGGUAUAAAGGCAGAGGAAUACGACCUGUUGGGAGAUUUGGCCGAAGAAUGGCACAAAAACGUGAAGGAUCAUAUUUUGGAAGGCACAGGUUCUGCUAUCCUGAAGUCCUGGCUGUGGAC